CUUGUGUGCCCUUUUUCAUUCCUCGUUCGACCCCACCUCUAUUCUAUGUAGCCGAAUGUUGAAAAGAUUAUUCGAAAAUGAUGAAAACUUGAGCUUAGAUUCACAAGUGUUUACAAAGAAGAAACAAAAGUCGUCGUCAUCCUUAUUGUCCUUGUCACGAUCCCGCAGCGGUAGUGUGUCUGCUUCACACCAUUCGCCAUCGUCUCAGUCGUCAACGCAGACGCAGCUCGUCAAAACUGAACCAUGGCAGAAGAAUACCCAACCACAGGCAGAGCUAUCGAUGGAAUGCAAAAAAGAAGACCCAUGUGAUGUUUCAAAAACACACGCUUCUUGCCUUGAGCAGCUUAGCAAAGUGAUCCAUCGGACAGAGAUAAAGCAGGCAUCGCCUGAUAACCUGUGCCUCGAUAUACCUACGCAACAGGAGCCGUUAGACUCACAGCACGCAGCGUACGGAACUGGAAAAUACACAUCAGAGAAGAAAAGCCUUUUGUUACAUACAUCAUUGACGGAAGACAAGUUUGAUACCCACCCGAAAAAAGAGACCCCAGAUACAGCUUGUUCGGAAACAUACCAUUGCUUUAUCUGUCAUGAGGACCUGUCGCACAUGAAACAUACCUUUUUUCGCCAGCGACAUGUUGAAAAAUGUCUCUCCCAUCUCCAUGAGGAGACGAACGACACAAAAGCAUCCACAUCCGAUGAGAGGGUUCUUGAAUGGAGCGUUUGUUUUUUCUGUCAGCAAAAUUUGUCUCAUUAUAAAGCACCACAGCGUCUCGUUCAUUUGAACCGUUGUCUUGAUGAACAGACGGCGAUCGUCGAUGUAGCCAAAACAAACGAGGACGCAUUGGCAGGUCAAACACAUGCCUUUCUACAAACCUUAAAGAUAUGUCCUGUCUGUCAUGAAAUGCGUCUUUUGCAAAACAAGACGGUCCAACAGAAACUCAUGCAUAUCAAGCAAUGUGCAAAACAACACAACAUAGAGGCCAGCCAUUUAGUAAGAAGAUGUCAAUGGAUCCGAUGGGGACAUGGACCCACUCUACCCGAUCCUAUACCCCCUCCUCCACCAGAGCAACAGCCGUCAACGAUGACAAAAGCCAUGCCACAGCAUCAAUUAAAAGCCUCUCUACCACCUCAGUGGAGCAAUGAUCCUUAUGACGCAACAGACCUUGAUUUUGAUGAUACUGUCAUUCUACACAAACAGGCCUGCUUCACCUCGCAAGCUUCGAAAGCCAUGGACAAAGAGGAUGAGGAGCUUCAAACCGCAUUGGCCAUGUCACGCUCUUUGCACCAAAUGCAAAACACCCGUCGUCCUCCCAAGAAAAGACAAGGCAUCCGGCCGACAGAUGAACGUGAAUGGAACUCAACCAACAUUUGGUCGAUAGAAGAGUCUCGAAAGCGAGCCAUUGAGACAUUGGAUCAGCUGUUGUUUGCUCCAGAUCAGCAUUUGCAAGCACUGCAUCAAGCGGAAAGAGAAAAAUCGCAUCUUCUGCUUGGCGCCUCUCGGAUCGUGUGUGAAGCAUCAUCCAACGAAAACACAUCAGCUUUUGGCACUUUUUAUUGGAAUUUGGCAUCGAAUAGAGACAAUAAUUGGGAUGCCAUGCCUUCUGUAUUCACUUCUUUAUUCAUGCAAAAAAUAAAUUGAAUCGAGUGUGUGUCGGUUGGCCCUCACGCGCCUCCGCACUCCCCCCCCCCUUUUUUUAAAGGGCGGCGGAAUUUUAUGUUUUGCUUCAUGAACUUGUUACGAGCAU